GUCCCACCUCCCCCACCGCCUCCAGUUCCGAGAUCCAAAAUUUGACCGCUUCCAAAGCACCAGAAAGAUCUGCCUUCCUGCAGCACCACACAAUGAAGACCCUCACCAAUCUCCUCGCCGUCGCCGGCCUCAUCUGCCUCACCGCCGCCGCGCCUUCCCCUGCUCUCAUUCAAGGCAGCUGCGGCGUCUGCGACACCUUCCCCAACGGCGCCAUCGGCGGCAGCGCCCAGAUCGCACUGCGUUCUUCCACCGACCACGUGAAGGGCAGAGCCUACAAGUGCACCACCUUUGACAGCGAGGUGCGACUCAACACCUGCGUCAACCAGCAGUGCGGUCUCUGCAUGAUUUUCAAACAUAACGACUGCCAGGGCGAAGUCCUCUUCUGGGGCGGUUCAGGCACGGAGUUUCGCGGACAGGGCGCUCGCAGCUACUUCUGCAUGUGAGCGGGUGUCGUGUCGCGUUGAGACGAGUGGUUUGGACGACGUUCGCGCUGGACUACAGGAUAGCGCUCGGAGGCUUGGUCGAGUGUCGAUACUAUAAUACCCCAUUGUACAUGAGCGGCGGAGUACAGGGCCUCGGGGAUAUAAGCAUAAUGAAC